UCACGUGAGCCGGGCCAGCUGUGAGCCGGGGGGCCGCGGGCGCAGCGCCGGGAGUCUGAGGAGGGGGGAGCGCCGGGCCGCCGCCUCCGCCUCUGCAGCUGCAGCCCCCGAUGUCGCCGCAGUGAUCUCGGCGGCGGCAGCACCCGCACCCUCGGCGGCCUCCGCAUCCGCACCGCAGAGCCCAGCCCGGAGCCCGCCGCCCGGCAGGUGAACCUCGGCCGGCACGCCUGGGAGCGCAGGGCUGCGUGCAGCGUCUUCUCCCCGCAGGUUUCACUCCAGUUCGCCAUCGCCGUCCCCUGUGCCUGGUCGCCUCCCGCUGUCCCUCUGAACCCACGGAUCAAAUAAAGUAAGGUUCUCCUCAGAGAUGAGACACCAGUACUUUUGAGAUGGCUCCACAGUAGUGGAGGAAGGGAAGGCAUAUUACAGACGAGAGGCAUACAGACACAGGAUGGCUGCAGCGCCCCCGAGUUGCUGUUUGGUGGCCUUCCCGCCGCGUGCCAAGGACGGUCUGGUUGUAUUUGGAAAAAAUUCAGCUCGGCCCAGGGAUGAAGUGCAGGAGGUUGUGUAUUUCCCGGCUGCGGAUCAUGAACCCCAGAGCAAGGUGGAGUGUACUUACAUUUCCAUUGACCAAGUUCCCAGGACUCAUGCUAUUGUGAUAAGCAGACCUGCCUGGCUUUGGGGGGCAGAAAUGGGAGGCAACGAACAUGGAGUGUGCAUAGCCAACGAAGCCAUCAACGCCAGAGAACCGGCCGCAGAGAUGGAAGCCUUACUGGGGAUGGACCUGGUCAGGCUUGGUUUGGAAAGAGGGUCAACAGCUAAAGAAGCCUUAGAUGUCAUCGUCGCCUUGUUGGAAGAACAUGGACAGGGUGGAAAUUAUUACGAAGACGCAGACUCCUGUCAGAGCUUCCAAAGUGCUUAUCUGAUUGUGGAUCGUGACGAGGCCUGGGUGCUGGAGACCGUGGGGAGGUACUGGGCUGCUGAGAAAACCACAGAGGGAGUCAAGUGCAUUUGCAAUCAGCUUUCACUCACCACCAAGAUUGAUGCAGAACAUCCUGAACUCAGGAGUUAUGCUCAGAGUCAAGGUUGGUGGUCGGGAGAAGACGAGUUCAAUUUUUCUGAAGUUUUUUCUCCAGCUGAUGAGCACCUAAACUGCUGUGCAGGCAAAGACAGCUUAGAAAAGCAAGAAGAAAGCAUCACUGUGCAGACUAUGAUUGACAUCUUACGGGACAAAGCCAGUGGAGUCUGUAUAGACUCUGAGUCUUUCCUCACCACAGCCAGUGUAGUGUCUGUCCUGCCUCAGAAUAGAAGCUCACCAUGCAUUCACUACUUCACGGGGACCCCAGAUCCUUCCAGGUCCAUAUUUAAGCCUUUCAUCUUUGUCGGUGACAUAAAACUUGUCCCCAAAGCACAGUCUCCCUGUUUCGGGGACAGUGACCCUGCCAAAAAGGAGCCCCGGUUCCAGGAGAAGCCAGACCGCCGGCACGAGCUGUACAAGGCCCACGAGUGGGCACGUGCUGUCAUCGCAGGUGACCAGGAGCAAGGUCGCCAGCUGAGGAAGACCAUGCUGGAGUUGGAGAAGCAGGGCCUGGAAGCCAUGGAAGAACUCCUGAGCAGCUCUGACCCCCUGGACCCCACCGAAGUGGGGGAUCUCUUCUAUGACUGUGUUGACACGGAGAUUAAGUUCUUUAAGUGAAGUAAGCUCCCCCUCCCGCCUUCUUAUUUAAAGUCUCCCACCUUACUAAAUUACCAGCGAAACAAACCACCCUCCUGUUGGAGUAAAAUGAGAAAGUUCCGAUGCAGUCUCCUUUUCUGAAGCCAAAUCAAGCUGUUCCCGUGUGUUCUGCCUCGAAUCUCAAAACGUCCCCUUCUCCUGCAAUGUAGGCCCCCUGCCUUCCUUCCUUUGCAGUGUAACAUGUAUCCCAUUCGCCUGUUGUUCGAAUGUACGACUAAUUGUGGAUUUUUAAGCUGCUAUGAUUGUAUUUCAGUGACAAUGGACACAUUAGCCUUUUCACGGGAGGACUGGAGUUCCUCAAGCCUUGAAAGGCGGGCUCCGCAGUGCUGAGUGUGUGGGGAAAGCAAACCCAUUUGAAGUCUUACUCUUUCUCUCGGUCCAGGUCUCUUUCAGGUUAACAGAAGACACUUGUUUCCGUCUGGCCCGGGGGCUCUUGUGUGCUUACCCGAGGGAGGAGCCUCCUGGCCUCCCUCUACUAGAGUGUGUGCCUAUAGUGUCCAGAUGUGUCUCCAGAGGUGUCUUCUGAGGGACAAAAGCAACAGGGAGGGAAACAGGGGCUCCUGUCCGGUCCCAACACCAUCUUCAUUCCCCUCUUCCGUGCACUGUGCUUGUGUGCCAUGGACCCACAGACCGCUUUCACGGGUGGGAGACUUGGUCCCCUGCAUUAGCUGGAACCUGCCCUCCUUAGAGAUGCACAGGCUGCCAUGUUGGUGACUUCAGAGUGACUGCGUGGGUGUCCCAAAAGACACGCGGCUCUGCCCCCUGCACAGUGGCACUCCCACCACACCGAUGCGGGAUUGUCUAGAAAUGAUACCGGGCCUAGUUACUGUCAUCUUGUUUAGGAUUAACGACAUGGCCCCGUGGCACAGUUCCACCCCACAAAGCUGUGAAUCUCUCCACUAGUGAGGGAAAGAAAAGGAGAAACUUUUGACUAUUUAGAUUCUAGUUAAGGUAGCUGGAAUCUAAGCAGCCACACAUUAUCUCAGCAGAGACUUAAAUUAAACUGAUUUGUUCCCAACGUCGUGUUCCCAUGAAGGAUUUAACUUACCACCCGAGCAUAGAAAAACAUGUGAGAAAGACCAGAUGGGCUCAGCAUUGGGAAGACAGAGGGCAAGAAGGCGACAGAUGGAUGUAGAAGCAUUUCACUCCGGGGUAACAGUCCAGCCCCCACUCCUCCUGCCCAGGCUGUUAUAGCCCACGAGGCUGUGUAGGAGGCACCUGGCUUUCCCUGGGCGUUCCCUUUAUCCCUCCUGCCCCGUAUGCAGCUGCCUUCAGACUAGUACCUGAGGUGGGCAGGUGGGGGAGGGGGCUUACCUCCAGCUACUGAAACUCUGAAACACGCUUGAAAUGGAAGGGGGCCUGAGAUUAGUAACAGAGGGUAUGUUAAUAUACCAGCGAGCGGGGGAACAGCAGGUUAAUUACUCCCAGUGACUUUCUCAGCAGCUGUGCGUGUUAGGCCGUGAGAGCUGGAAGGGACCUGGGCCCCAUAUGCAGAUGCGACCACAGGUUUUAUUGGAACAAAUCUUUUUUUUGCUACCAACUCCCCUUUAAGAGUGUAGGCAGAAGAGCGCCAUGAGCUUUUUGCCCAGCAGCUUUGUAAAGUCUGCAUGUCAAGUCACCGACUACAAGUGGUGAGAGAUGGGAAAAAUAUUUAAGCUGAUAAAGUUAGCAGCCGCCAUUCGUGGUGGCUUGUCCAUGCUGAGAGUUGUGUCCAGGUUCGGCCUGGGCUUUCACUAUUGAUGAGCUUAGGGUUCCCUCUUACGUGGGGUGGGCCAUUCUGAGUGCGUCUGCCUAUAGCUGCUAAGGGGGAAGGGCGAGGUUUGAGAAUGACGUCGGUACCUCACCUGCUGAGUGGUUAUUUCAAACAAGACGAUACAGAAAACCGCUCUGAAAUUUCACCACGUGGUCUCCCCUCCACUUAUUAUGGAAGCAUUUCAUCAGAUUUGACAUGUCUGUGAUACCCAAGGUGAUUUGGAGUUUUACCAAAAGGAAUCUAGUGAGAAUAAAUAAAACAGAAGCCUGCUUUCAUUACUAUGGGUCAAACAAAGAUCCCGGCUAGACCAGCCAGCCUCAGGCCAUUACCCAGCCAUCGUGCAAUGAAACACAAUGGCUACUUCUGUUAGAGAACACUGACCUUAACCCAACACAUCAGAGAUGGCCCAACCCUAAUUGGGAGCUGUCUUGGCUAACGCUGUACAUCACAACUGUGAUGCCCCUGUCUGACCACUAGAGGGAGUGGCAGCCCCCCCGUGGCACAGCCUGGCAGAAGUUAAGUGGGGCUGGAUGCUUCCAUAGGCAUAGAGGUGAUCUCUGUACAGCCACACACGAAUAAAACAGUGGACUUUUUGUGCAUGGGGAUGCGUGGAAGAAAGACAAGAAGAGAGCAAAGAAUCUGUUGACGUGGCCGUGCUCACUUCUAGUGACUUCUCUCUACUUCUAUUAACUGCUUGAAAUAUGUUGGAUUUUGAGCAGGCUGUUGUUGGGGGGAAAUGUUUGUUUUUAACUGCUCCUAACAGACUCUGCUUUUGAAAAAUGCUUCCCAGCAUGUGGAUAGCUUCUUGACCAGUGACUGCUUUUCUAAAGGCAAUAUGGAGAAAAUGAAUAUUCAAGGAGAACUGUGAAGAUAACGUUAAAAGGUCACUGUGUAAAUAGCUUCCUAAAAUACCACUUGUGUAUCCAUUAAGACUUGGGGGAGAGGCGGAGGUGCUGUGCAUGUUUUGUGCAGAAAGAAGAUAUGGCCAUAAAGGACAGAAUUGCUCUCCAACCCCCACACCCCGUAACCAUAUAUAAGCUAGUUAGUCUUGUCUGGUAGAAGGGAGUUACCAUAGAGGAAGGCAGCCCCUCAUACUCCAAGGGGGGAAGGGGAGGUACAGAGUCUCCAGUUUAAGUAAAUGAACAGAGCAGAAGUAGUCUCUUUCACUCUUGGAGGUGGUUUGGAACAUGAGAUAGAAUAAGGGCAUCCUUGAAGUUCCGGUGAUUCUUUAGCGCCCAAUAACAUAAGACACAGUGUUAUUAUUAUUAGAGUCUUUCUUCCAAGCUGUCUAACAGAGCAGGUGUAUGCCUAUUAGAUAUUAGCAGUGAGGUCCCUUUGCUGUUGGGUGAAUCAUUAGAUAUUAAAUAUUAGCAGCCAGGCAAACUACUUUGCUCCCUAACUAAUAUGUCAUCCCACAUUGAGACAGGUGUGACCUGGCUCUGGCUGGCCCAGCAGGGAGGCCUAGCCGGGACCAGUGUGUCUGUUAUGAAACCACUAACUGCAUUCGUGACUGAAGAGCGGUGAAGCCAGUUAUGGGGAAAGUCUUCAGCCGAGCUCUCAGCUUUGGGAAGGACGCACAUGGAAGAAAGAGGGAGGGAGACUGCUAGCUGGUCAUACUCAUAUGGAGGGGUAUGUGGCAGAGUGACAGGACCCAGGCACAUGCUGUCUCUGUGCUACCUCGGGCUUCCCUGUAGCUGUGGCAUUUCAUUCCGCAGGGCCCCAAGUCCCAGCUCCCCUCCUAUGGUUUCUGUCAAAUGUGCUUCAUCUGAUUGACGUCAAACAUCACGAAAUGUCACAUGCAGAUUUCUUGUAGGAACGAAUACGUACGAGGACAUGUUUGCAGUCAUGUUGUGAGAAAGAAAUUAAGUGUGUGGGCUGGAAACUGCUGUUGGCAGGGAACUCUAAAAAGGAAAGUCUUUGUUUCCUGCGGUGGGAACUGACGAUAGUUGUAACAGCCUUUUGUACAGAUGUCUACAAACCAGAUAACUUCCCAUCCAGUGCUUUCCCUUGGAAUUGUCUCUGAAUACAUCCAGCAUACAAUAAAAAAUACUGAAAUUCA